UCACUAUAAACAAAAAUAAACAAGGAAUUCUGCUCAGGGAAAUACCAAUUAGCGAUUCGUUUUGUUGAUUGCCCUGUGCCGCCGUCCACGCAGCUUUAGUAUGACUAGCAGGAAGCCCGCUACAGUCUGGGGGCCACCACGGACAUGCGGGUCAAGAAUCUGGUGCUGGGCUUUGCCGAGCAUGUGAAUUAUCCCCGCAUCUCAAAGGACUAAGUAUUGCCCUUGUCUAUAAGGCCAAUACUCAUUCUGCAAGAUGGAAAAACGUUUCAAGGAAGAGAACACCAUCCUGAAGGAGGAAAUCUGCGAAAUGUCAGAUCGCGAAAGUAAGAACUUGAAUUUCGAACAAGAUAUGGGACUGGGAAGGAUUCAACCUGAAGUAAAAAUAGAAGAAUUUGAAGAAGAUUUUAUAGAGAAUCAAGAUUUAAAACGAGACGAGUUACAUGAUGAUAUUCAAGUGAAAAACGAGCCAAUUGAGGAAGACCAGUACGCCGUUUAUGAUAUCAGUGAGUGUGACAACCAAGAAAAGUGCGAGGAAUUCGAGGAUAAUUCAAAUCAAACAGAUGAUUACUGUGAUGAUAUAAAUAAUGGCAAUAAUGACAACGAGGAGAAUUAUCCAGUGAGAGCUCCGAAAGUAGCGUACAACUGUCCUCACUGUCAGAAGGUAUUUGAGCAUAAGGGUCAUUUUGAGGGGCACAUCCGGACCCACACGGGGGAAAGACCCUUCAAGUGUUCCCACUGCCAGAAAUCCUUUUCGCAAUUGGGAAAUCUUCAACUACACAUCCGGACCCAUACUCUUGAACGACCCUACAAGUGUUCUCAGUGCCCGGAGAGUUUUUCCCGUAACGGACAUCUUCAGCGACACAUUCUGUCCCACACAGGAGAACGUCCUUACAAGUGCUCCGACUGCCAAAAAUCGUUUUUGACAAUCGGCGACCUUAACAGACACAUCCGGAAACACACAGGAGAACGACCAUACAAGUGUUCUCACUGCCAGGAGACAUUUGCGCUAAGCCAAAGUCUUCAGUUGCAUAUUCUGUCCCACACAGGAGAACGUCCCUACAAGUGUUCCGACUGCCCAAAGUCUUUUUUAAUAAGUGGUGAUCUUAAGCGACAUAUCCGGACACACACAGGAGAACGACCUUUUAAGUGUUGUCAUUGUCAGGAGACUUUUUCACUAAAGCAUCAUCUUCAGCUACACAUUCGAACCCACACAGGAGAGAGACCUUUUAAGUGUUCCCAGUGCGAGAAGUCAUUUUCGUUAAAGCAAACUCUAACGCGCCACAUCCAGACACACAAACGAAGGACGACCUAAUUCGAAUGCUCCAAGUCUUUGAAGAUCUUAAUAUACACAACAGUCCCCAAUGAUUAAGAAAGGUUUUGCUGGCAAUAAUU